AAGGGCUGACAGGUUUUUGCUGUUCUCCCAGCUGCCAGAAUUUUGCUGCUGCUUUUUCACGCCGACGAUGGGCAAAUCAAGUAAAAAAGCAGACAAGCCAACUACUACUGGCUCGGACAGCAAAAAGGCAACGACGAAGAAGCCUGCUGCAAAGGACAGCAAGGCCGAGUCAAAGUCGAAACCGGUCCCUGCAACCUCGAAGGAGAUUCUCGCCAAAGCCGCGAAACUAGCUAAGGCGGCGGCAGCCAAGAUACCGCAGAAAAAAGAAGAUUCUUCGAGUGAGGAAAGCUCCGACGACUCCGACGAGGAUGAGGCUACUCCCCCCAAACCCGUGGCACUUCCCAAAACCGAGAAGAAACAACCACCCAAAAAAGCUUCUGAGUCCUCGUCAGACUCGUCUUCAUCCAACGAAGACAGCGACAGCGACAGCUCGUCAUCAGAAGAAGAAAAGUCCAAAUCGACCCGGAUCAAGCUCAGCGCCAAGGCUAGCUCUUCGGAAUCGUCAGAUGACAGCUCUAGCGAUGAGGAAGCUGCACCCCCUAGUUCUGCUGCUGCAAAAUCAGCGCCCAAAAGGCAACCCCCUGCUUCAUCCGACUCGGAAUCAUCUGAUGAGUCCUCGGAGAGUGAAAGCGAGAAAAAACCCGUGAAGAUUUCCCCAUCAAAAAAAGUCGCUCUUGCCAAGAAGGCGUCAUCAUCAUCUUCCGAGUCGGAAGAAUCUUCGUCAUCGGAUGAGGAGGAUUCCCUAGCUGUCCCUGAACCGAAGAAGGGAAAAGUGGCAUCGUCGAGCGAGGAGAGCAGUGACUCCGAAAGCGAAGUGCCAAGCAAGAAGCAGACAAAACCUGCUGCUGUUGCAUCACCCAAAAAAAACUCUGCAAGUGCUGUUGCAAACGGAAAACUGAAGGCAAACGGCAAGGCGGAGGAGUCCUCAAGUGACGAAAGCGGUUCCGACAGCAGCGGGUCCGAAGAGUCGGAAGACGAGGACGAGGACGUCGAAAUGGCCGAAGCACCCCCUCCAGCGACGACUGCUAGUAACAAGCGCAAGGCGGAAACUCAAUCCGCUGCUCCCCCAAAAAAGGUCAAGCUCGCGGAUGGUGCAGCAGAACCCUCCGCCGACCAAGAAACCAAGAGCGUUUUCGUCGGAAAACUCUCAUGGAACGUUGACAACGACUGGCUCGCACAAGAAUUCUCCUCUUGUGGCGAAGUUGAGUACGCGUCCGUUCAGAUGGACCGCACGACCGGCCGGUCACGUGGGUUUGGCUAUGUACACUUCAAAUCGGUAGAUGCGGUCGAGAAAGCGCUGGCAAUGGACGGCAAGGAAAUUGAUGGACGUCCUAUCCGCGUCGACAAGAGCAGUUCUCCAGACAAGAAAGCGUCCGCAGACAAACGGGCGCAAGCGUUUGGCGACAAGCAAAGUCCGCCAUCCAGCGUUCUCUUCGUGGGUAACCUGAGCUUCAAUGCGACCGAGGACGGCUUGUGGGAGACGUUCGGCGAGCACGGGGAUGUCAAGAGCGUUCGGAUACCCACGGAGCGUGAGACGGGUAGACCGAAAGGAUUUGCCUAUGUCGAAUUCAGCGACACUGAAGCGGCAAAGAAGGCUUAUGAAGCACUCAAUGGCUUUGAGUUUGAUGGCCGGGCCGUGCGGCUAGAUUUCUCUCAGCCAAGAGAUGCGGCAGGCGGACGUGGCGGCGGACCGGUGAGUAGUAGACUGACCGUCAGGGUUUAUGGAUGUUCACUAAGUGUUGUUAUACAGGGUGACCGUGGCCGUGGUCGCGGACGAGGGUCUGACCGCGGCUGGCGUGGCAGGGGUGGUGGCGGUGGAUUUGACCGUGGUGGAAGGGGUGGUGGUGGGUUUGAUCGCGGCGGAAGGGGUGGUGGAUUUGGCCGUGGUGGGAGAGGCGGCGACAGAGGACGGGGACGAGGAGGCGCGCGGACCGGUACCAUUGCAGCCUUCGAGGGGCAGAAAAUCACGUUCUGAUCUAUUCCGUUUCCUCCUCUUCCCCCGCCCAUGCUUGAAUGAAUUUGGCUUCCGUGCAUAUAUGAUGCACACGUACCUCAUGUUUGUUUGUUUUGUUUCGCAUAUUCUCACAUGCAAGUUCGAACAACCCACGCUGGUGUGUCAUAGCUUACUGUGAUCUACGUAGAGUGCCUUCCGGUUGGAGGCACUAUAGGGCAGCAUUACUUGCUCAAUGUUCUCAAUAUUGGGGCUGCUCUGGAAGAGGGUUGAUCGCUUUGACGCGUAGGUAGUAGGAUAUGACCACAGAAAUACGUCGGUCUCGCAAGUUUCCCG